AUGGUCCGCGGCGUCGCGGGCGCGGGGCAGAUGACACCGCGGCACAUCCAUGGCAAAAAGAGGCCGUUCGAAGGGUUUGCCGAAUACCAGUCACUCCCCGAGGUGCUCAACGAAACGAUCCAGAACCCCCCAACAACAAAAAAGGUCUUCACAAACGGGGGCGACAGGGGCGAUAUCGCUACCCACCGAUAUCGCUACGCGCUUUUUGCCGUCAUUGGCGACGCAAAUGUGCUGGAAAUUCCGAGCAUGGGAUUGGGCGGCCCUGAAGCAGCGGACAUUAUGAAGCACCACAUUCGUUUGGGUUUGGGUGAUGACAAGCAGCUGGCCGGUUGCAUCCAGACCGUGAGGACCCUCGUUGACUCGACCGAACUGCGCCUCGCAUUCACCAAAGUCGGAGGCGAUACUAUGCCUGCGCAGGCCCUCGUAGACUUGACCACGCUGCGGCUUGUGAAUGCCCAAAACACCAAGCUCACGGGCCACAUCCAGGCCUUUUGGAACUUGGUGAGCCUGACCAGUCUGAACCUCAGCGGCACCCACGUAUCGGUCGACGUCCAGGCUGUGCGGAAACUCGUGGACCUAACCAAGCUGGACUUCAGCUACACCCAGGUUUUGGGCGACAUCCAGGACGUGGGGGGCCCCGUCAACUUGACCGUCCUGCGGGUUUCCGGCGACAUCCAGACCGUGGAGGCCCUCGCCAGCUUGACUGGCCUGCGGCUGUGGAGCACACAGGUCACGGGAGACAUCCGAGCAGUGCGGAACUUCGUGAACCUGACUCCUCGGGACCUUCAUUGUGGCACCCAGGUUUCCGGCAACGUCCAGCUCCGCUUCUUCGCCGGCGGCCACUCGGAGCGCGACGCCGCGGCGAGGGAGGCCUCACAGAUGGAGACAGCCACGAGCGAGGUGUCGAGGUUGCGCGAGUGCAUCCUCAGGCAGCGCUCGUUGCUAUUCGUUGAGGUGCGGCCCCGUCGCGAUUGUGCCCCGCCGUGCCCUCUUCCCACGGAGCUCCAUACAUAA